AUGUCAGUUAUCGGCUCCUUGCAAACAAGUGAAGAAGGCAACAUUUUUACGUGGGUAUUUUCGAGUGAAUUACCAUUAAUGCUGCACAAUAAUGUUGUACGAUCAACCGAGUUUGGUAAUGUAGGACAAAAAUUUGAAUUGGAAUUCCACAGAGGCAAAUUUUGGGACAGUGCUGAUGUGUCUUGCAAAAGAGUUUGGCGUUUAAUUCUUCACUGUUCAAAUAAAAAUUCGCCAUUAUUAAUGUGUAAAUAUAACAUAUCAAUAAUCAAGCGUGGCGAAGUUAUUGAUGCUCGAACAGAUUGUUGUACUUUUUCUACGAAUCGUAGCGAAACACUGGUUCUAAGCAAGACCCAAACGGAGAUCGAAGGAUUGAUUUCAUCCAAGGAUGAUAUACAUAUUCGCUGUGAAUUAUUCUACGAAUCCGCCAUAACAAACGAGGUACCAAAACUGAACUUUGAUUGGAUGUAUCUUGAUGAAAGUUUGAGUGAUGUUAAGCUAAGAACGGCAUGUGGAAAGGAAAUUCCAGCACAUAGGGUCGUGCUCGCUGCUGCCAGUUCAGUAUUCAAAGCCAUGUUUACUCAUGAUAUGAUGGAAAAUCAAAACAAAUUGGUGGAAAUGACGGACGUUAGUCAUGAAGCAGCAGUUGAAAUGUUACGUUACAUGUACACAGGUAGUGUUGGAAGCAACGAAGUUUCCCUGACAAAUGACCUUUUGGCAGUCGCUGACAAGUAUCAGCUUGAAGAUUUAAAAAAUAAGUGUGCCAUAAUAUUAAGCUCCAAAAUAUGCCAUGAAAAUGUUGUGGAAAUUUUGAAAGUGGCUAGCAAGUAUGGCACGAAAUAUUUGGAGAAAAAAGCAGUUGAUUUUAUAAAGUCAUAUAUAAAUGCAUCUCCAGAUUCAGAUAUAACAAAUUUAUUUCUUUGUUAA